CGCUUGUUCGGUGGAUGCACGACAGCACGAUGAUAUGAUAACAGGUAACGCUACAUAGCAUAAAAUACAGCACGAAAGCUCGUCAACGCGAAUAAGUUACGUAUCCCUGCGUAUCUAUCGUAAGUAAAUGACGAAGUCCAUGCUCACUCACUGCUUCCCAAACGAAUACGCCAGCACCUCCUGCGUCAGCCUGUACGACUCGUCGUGUCCAUGCUCGCCAUACGUGCCCUCGUCCGACAGCGGCGUCGGUGGGCCAAAGUCCGGAUUCGCGACGAUGAACCCGCGCCGCCCUCCGCGCUUCGCAUCGAGCGCACUCAGGCGCACCGGUAGCGUUGGGCGAGGACCCCCAGCACCCGCUGGCGCUCCCGCUCCCCGCGUCGCUCGCGUACCCCGCCGCAGUGUCCUGCGAACCCUCGCGCCGGUGCCAUUGCUGCGGCUGCUGCUGCCUGUCCCUGCCACCGCUUGCUUCUAUGCGCUUCUCGCGCCGAGCUUGCAUGCGUGCGUAGCUCCGCCGGCGGUCCUCCAUCCACGCCUCGUCGUCGUAGUCCUGAGACAUGUACGAGGGAGAGGUCGUGGCGAUCCCUGGGAGGCCCGGGGUGAAGCCUGCGACGGAAAGGAUGUGCAGGAUGGGCGCGUGCGAGCGCGUGGUGCGCAUGCGGUGUGCGUACAUGCAGGUAGACCUGGGUUGUGACGGUUAGCUUGGCGCGGGCGGGAGAGAAGGAGGCUUACCCAGGACCGAAGACGAAUUCUCCGCCGAGCUG